UCGAUUGCUCAAGAUUCACGAGAGGAGGUAAUAACGAGGGUUCGGCUAGAUCGCAGAUAGCGUGAUAACAAGAUUUGUUGGUUCUUAGAUGGUGGAAUUCUGUGAUGUCAUCAGGAUAAUAUUGCAGAAAAUCCAGUUUGGGAAGUUUCGGAGGGUUUGAGCUGGAUCUUCCAAGCUUCCAAAACCUCUAUGGCGUCUUCUUCUUUCUUCUAUUACCUUUUCGUGAUUGAUACCACAAUAAUAGUUGUAGAUGGAUGAUUGCCAAAAUACCAAGGAAGAAACCGAGAGAAAGAUACUAUUUCUAUAGUAUCCUAAAUUAUAUCUUUCUUCUCUCAAUUUCUUCAGUUUCUCCGUUAAAUUCCAUCUUGAUGGGGUCUUGAUACCCAAAAUCUCCAUAAUUAAGGGAGAAAUAGAGAGAAAGAUAUUUCUAUCACAGUUUCCUUAAUUAUAUCUUUCUUCUCUCUAUUUCUUCAGUUUCUCUGCUAAAGUCCAUAUUGAAUGGCGUCUUCCACUCCUCCGCACUGCUCUCUCACUUCGAGCAAACCCUACCAAAAUCAUCCUCACAAUCACCAUCAAAACCACCCCCGCUGGAGCUCCAACAAGGUCUCUCUCGGCGCUUCUGCUCCCUCGACUCGAAAUGGAGCGAAACAAGGUAAUUCGUCGACCCUUUCUCGUGACCCUAGUUUCCCAUCCCUCUCUCCUCUCCCUCCUUCAACAUCCGAACUUGGCCCUGAUUUCCGUGGCCGCCGUUCUACUCGUUUCGUUUCCAAGAUGCACUUUGGCCGCCCCAAGACCGCCAUGGGCAGCCGGCACUCCUCCGUAGCCGAGGAAGCUCUGCAACAAGCUAUCCGCUUUGCUGGGGAUGACAACGCCCUCGAAUCUGUCCUCCUGAGCUUCGAAACCAAGCUCUUUGGUUCAGAAGACUACGCCUUCUUGCUACGGGAGCUCGGAAAUCGUGGUGAGUGCUCUAUGGCGAUUCGGUGCUUCGAGUUCGCUGUGCGGAGAGAGCGGAAGCGGAACGAGCAGGGUAAACUGGCUAGUGCAAUGAUCAGUAUUCUUGGUAGGUUGGGGCGGGUUGAUCUUGCCAAGAGAGUGUUCGAUACAGCCAACAUAGAUGGCUAUGGUAAUACAGUUUAUGCAUUUUCGGCUUUGAUUAGUGCUUAUGGCCGCAGUGGGUUUUGUGAGGAGGCCAUAAAGGUUUUCGAGUCGAUGAAGGAAUGUGGUCUGAAGCCUAACUUAGUGACCUAUAAUGCUGUGAUUGAUGCUUGUGGGAAAGGAGGUGUAGAAUUUAAUCAGGCUGUAAAGAUAUUCGAUGAGAUGGUGACCAAAGGGGUGCAACCUGACCGCAUCACCUUUAAUUCCCUUCUUGCUGUUUGUAGUCGAGGCGGUUUGUGGCGGGAGGCUACGAACAUGUUCACUGAGAUGGCUUACAGGGGAAUUGAUCGGGAUAUUUUUACAUAUAAUACACUAUUGGAUGCAGUUUGCAAAGGUGGGCAGAUGGAUUUGGCUUAUGAGGUAAUGUCGGAGAUGUCCGAGAAGAAUGUGUUGCCUACUGUUGUGACUUACAGCACUGUGAUUGAUGGCUAUGCCAAAGCUGGAAGAUUAGAUGAAGCACUGAAUCUAUUUAACAAGAUGAAGCUCCUUGGCAUUGGUUUGGAUAGAGUUUCAUACAAUACAUUGCUUUCCAUUUAUGCAAAGCUUGGUAGAUUUGAGGAAGCUCUGGCUGUCUGUAAGGAGAUGGAAACCUCUGGGAUUAAAAAAGAUGCUGUUACUUACAAUGCGUUUCUGGGGGGAUAUGGGAAACUGGGGAAAUAUGAUGAACUUAAAAAAUUGUUCAAAGAGAUGAAAGCUGAAUGCAUUUCUCCUAAUGUCUUGACCUACUCUACCUUGAUUGAUGCAUAUUCCAAGGGUGGUCUGUACAAAGAGGCAAUGGAAUUUUUCAGAGAGUUUAAGCAGGCAGGCUUGAAGGCUGAUGUUGUUUUGUACAGUGCAUUGAUCGAUGCUUUGUGUAAGAAUGGACUGGUGGAGUCCGCUGUGUCCCUGCUUGAUGAGAUGACAAGAGAAGGGAUCCGGCCUAAUGUUGUAACUUAUAAUUCCAUCAUUGAUGCCUUUGGUCGGUCAGCAAUUGCACCGUUUGAGGAAUAUGCAACUGAUGGAACUAAUGGGACACAUACCGAGUCUUUAACAUACCUGGAUAUAAAGGACACCACUGAAAGCAGCGUGGGACAUUUAGAAGAGAAUAACCAGGUUAUAAAGAUUUUUGGGCAGCUAGCAGCUGAUAAAGCGCAUCAUUCUUCGAAGGAAGAUUCAAAUAGGAAGUCUCAGGAGAUUUUAUGCAUCCUGGGUCUUUUUCAUAAGAUGCAUGAACUGGAAAUAAAGCCAAAUGUUGUCACCUUCUCUGCCAUUUUAAAUGCUUGCAGGUACACCUUUCUUAGCAAACUUUUGCAGCUUUUGGUACAUCAUAAUUCUUAACGCAUUUAAAGGUUU